AUGAGAACUAGAUGGGCAGAUGGGCCAGAAUUUGUGACUCAGUGCCCAAUUAGGCCAGGAGGGAGCUACACCUACCGCUUUACAAUUCAAGGGCAAGAAGGUACUCUGUGGUGGCAUGCUCACAGCUCAUGGCUUAGAGCCACCGUUUAUGAAGCACUCAUCAUUCAUCCUAAACAAGGAGACUCCUACCCCUUCACGAAAUCGAAAAGAGAAACAACCCUUCUUCUCGGUGAAUGGUGGAAUGCUAACCCUAUCGAUGUCUUCAGGCAGACGAUGAUGACAGGAGGAGCUCCAAAUGUUUCUGAUGCAUACACCAUCAAUGGUCAACCUGGUGAUCUUUACAACUACUCAAGCCAAGACACUGUCAUAGUUCCUAUAGACUCUAGCAAGACGAACCUCAACCAACCUCUUUUCUUCUCCGUAGCCAACCAUAAGCUCACCGUUGUUAGAGCUGAUACCUCCUACACCAAACAUUUCACUACCACGGUUCUCAUGUUAGGGCCUGGGCAGACCACUGAUGUUUUAAUCACCGGUGACCAGUCACCAGCCCGGUACUACUUGGCGGCAAGUGCUUAUUUCAACGCGCAAAAUGCAGCAUUCGACAACACCACCACCACCGCCAUUCUUGAUUACAAGUCUGCCCCUUGCAGCCCCAAUUAA